AUGUCAGGGAAGCAGCGAAGUGCGGUAGCGAUCGCAUGCGACCCCUGUCGCAAGCGCAGGGUCAAAUGCGAGGCCCAAACUGACUCGACCCUGUGUCGACGCUGCGCAAAGCUCUCGCUUCACUGCACCUUCUCAGCUCGUACAGGCGCGAUUGCGACUCGUCCGAGCUCAAGCAAGACCUCGCCUGGCGAUUCUGAUGAUUUCCUCGGACCGAGCGCUGUGUCUACACGCCUGGGAGCCACUCAAGUCGUGGGUCAACUCGCCGCGCAUUUAUUAGGCCUCUACGCUCGCAAUGUUGGUUUCGAGUUGCCCGGCAUGACGGUCGAGCCCGUCAGACUGGCUUUCGAGGAAGCAGCUCGUCGGCCAUCUGAGAUGAACCCUGUCAUGCGCGCACGCCUUUCGCUCUGUCUGGCCAUCGCGGCGAGAGUGUCUGAUCAUCCCCUGAUCAUCGGCUCUGGUGCGCCUAGCCUGACAGAUCUAUCGAGAAUGCGCGAUAGCGAUCUCAGCCAGUACGCAGCGAGGCGGCAUGCGGUAUGCAUCGAACUCGUCCAACUGGCAGAGAGUGCGUGCAAGCUCGAAGCGGGAUUCGCCAUCCCUCCGACACCAGACAGUGUCGCCGCUGUCUUGCAGCUCGACCUGGUCUACGAAUCAGAGGACACCGCAUGGAAGGGGCAUCCUUUCACCCACACUGCCAUGUCACAGCUCCUCACGUUGCACGAGUGCCAAGAAUCGGCUCGGCUUUCGCUCGUGCAAGUCGAGGAGGCAGGCGAGCAUAUGCCCCAGGGUCCUCUCAAGUGGGCGGCGGCAAUCUUGGAUGCUAGUUUGGCUGCACGCUUUCGCAUGCCACUCAAUAUUGGUAAUGCCUCAAUACAGCACAUCUUUGGCGAGGCGCUCCUGCUGCCCUACCUGCCAGUGGGAGAAGCCCUCGCAUACGCAAUCAAUCGAUCACGAGAACCCAGCUAUGCAAGUAAUCCGUUCCCAUUGUUCGGCCUGUCGAGAUCCAUCUUGAUGGCCACCAGGCUGCUCGCUCUGCAUAUCACUCCCCGGCAUAUCACGCCCGAGCUGAUCGAUCUAGGCGUCUUACAGCAGGCGCUUGGUCUGAUCGACGGCGAGGUGCAGUGGAUGCUCGAUUUUCAGACUCAGGCCAAGCGGACCGGCUUGCCCAUGCAGCCUUUGCUUGACUGGCUGAGACUGUUCAUGACCCUAGCCGUGUCCGCCUGCGAAAUCGCGAAUGAUGCCCUCUUGCGACAUCUACAGGCGACUCGCGCGGGCCUGUUCAGAUUUCUUGACCUUGCACCGUCAUCGCAUGAUGGCGAACUGAUAUCGCCUCAAGAGCUGACGUACCCAUCCGCGCUCGCUCUCCAGCUCGAGCAAGAGAUGGCUCCCCGUCGCCUCGUUCUUGCAAGGUUGCUCGCGCCAAUGUUCCAUCGCGACUUGCAAAGCUUCGACUCCAUAUGCGCAUCUUUCCAUAUGCAGGUCAUCAGAACUUCUUUCGGCCGUCUGGCACAGGUCAUCUCUGCCGCUACGCCUGCAGAAUUUCCCGCGACAGGACUCGCAGCCCAUCUGCCUCUGUUCUCGGCUCAGCAGAAAGAAGAUGAGCUCCGACAAUGUCUCGAGGUGUUAUGCAACCUGUCUUGGGCGUACCCGGAUGUCAGCGAGGACAUCAGGCGGAUACGAGAUGCUCUCUCGUCUGCCGAGCCAAUGCCUGUCUCGAGCCAAGAUCUCACUGUUGAUCCAAGCUCACUGUUUGAUAUGUCAUCGCGUCACGCUGAUCUGCCCGCUUUUGACGAAGACAAUCUAGCACACCUGUUGUCGUACACAUGA